CCAGGCCAGGCCAUCCGGCCCAUCUGGCCAGGUUUGGUCUCGUCUUCCUCGCCUCGCCUUCUUCUCCUCUCAAUCUCGACCCAAUCAUCAGUCUAGCUAGCUAGGGUUUUUGCCCCUAAACCAAGACUCUCUCAGCUCUCGCGCCCGCUCGACCAGCGCGGAUGGGGAAGGACGGGAAGGGGAAGGAGGCCAAGGGGAAGGGCAAGCAGGCGGCCGGCUCCUCCGACGACGCCGGAGGCGGCAAGGGAGGCAAGGGCAAGGGCAAGGGCGGCAAGGGAGGCGACGACCUCGGCACCUGCACCUUCGUCAAAGCUAGGCACGUGUUGUGCGAGAAACAGGGGAAGAUCAAUGAGGCGUACAAGAAGCUGCAGGAAGGCUGGUUGGACAACGGGGACAAGGUCCCUCCUGCUGAGUUUGCCAAGGUAGCCCAAGAAUUCUCUGAAUGCCCAUCAGGAAAGAAAGGUGGGGAUCUUGGAUGGUUCCCGCGUGGCAAAAUGGCUGGUCCUUUCCAGGAGGUUGCGUUUAACACACCUGUGGGAGCUACUAGUGCACCAUUCAAGUCUACGCACGGGUACCACUUCAUCCUCUGUGAAGGCAGGAAGAACUGAUAUGAAAGUAUGCUUCAGGUUUGGAAUGCAAGCACCUCGGGAUACUAUGGGAUGCAAAUGCCCCCCGUGUCUUCUCUGUUGACUCAAUAAGCGUUGUGCCUGGACAUGUGUACUCGAGCUACUAUUAUGCUGUCCCAAACUAGAGUUACUCAGAAAUUGUGCUUGCUACAAGUAACCUGAUAUGAUAUAUAUGUUUGGGAUAAGCUGAGAUUUAGCUUGUGUUCCUCUUUUAUGGUAAAACAAGAGAAUGUGUUCCCUUUG